UUGCUCGUUGCGUUGAGUCGUCGUCGGGUUUUCGGCGCGGUGUCUUGAAGAGUUGUUGUUGUUGUUGGAUUACCGCUCGAUUACCUCAGGGUGGAUCGUGGUGGUGGAACCGAAGUUGUGCAAUCGACUGACGACUGACUUGGUUGUGUCGAGGUUUGGUGACCAUUUUUUCGGGUUUUUUUUUCCGAAAGGAAGGUUCUCUCGGGUUGUUGUUCCGGGAUCUGCGGCAAAGUGUUGCUGUGGAGCGGUGUUGAUGUUCUGCGUUCUGUUGAUUGAUCCGCGCGCAAUGACAGUCGAGUUGUCGUGACUUAAGCUGACUUAACGCUGUCGUCGCCGCCGCUGGAGGAAGGGUGGUGAAAUCGAUAUUGUGCAACUUGAUUGGUGUGUUGAAGUUGUUGUGGCUGCUAGUUGUUGUGCUGUGUUGAGUGGUUGAAAUAAGGGAAGAAAAUGUGAAAAUUGCAGUUUGAUCAAAGUGAGUGAGAGAGCGGUGGAUUUGCGCGAGUUUUCGCGCUGUUAUCGUUGUUUAACGUAAGCAACAAACGAAGUAAAGAUGAAGUAACGAAGAAAAAAAAAUGCUCAAAAUUAAUUGCAUCAAAAAAGAUUCGCCAAAUUGAGGAAGUGCAAAAAUUUAUCCCCCAAAACACACUAUCGACACAAAUACACAAGAGAGAGAGAGAAAAAAAGUGCAAACAAAAAACAACAACAUCAACGAAGAAACAAACAAGCACACACCACACCAACCGAAACCAGGAAAGGAAAGAAAAUAAAGAAAUGAUGGGGCAUCAACACUGCAGCAGUAAUGGUGGAUGCAAAUCCGUUGCAUACUGCCUGGUUCUACUGUUGCUCAAUGUUGGAUUACUGGUGCACGCCGCGGCGCAACAAAACAACUUCUACUUCGCCCAGAACCAGGGCCGCUUCGUGCCAUCGUACGAGAACCCCCGGAACGGGUUUUUUCCCUCGUCCAUCCAGCGGAACCAGCCGCCCGACUCGUACCAGGAGCAGACCCUUUUCGUCGGCAGUAGUGCCGCGAAUGGUGGCGGACGGCCCGGCCGGGGCCAGACCGGAGCCAGUCAGGUAGAGACGGCCAACGACGACGGACCGCUGUCCUCGCGGAGUGGCGUAACGCCGUCGUACUUCCAGUUCACCUACACGACACCAAGAAGUCCGGAUAUUUUCGAAAUAUCACCACGUCCGUUCUCGGUGACCCCCCAGCCCCAGAACUCGGGAUUCCAGUACUCGCGAGGAUCGUCGCUCCGGACGUCCGAUUUCUUCAGCAACGGGCUGAGCCCGCCCAGCAUUCCGUCGCGGAACUUUGCCGGUGGCGUCGUCGGCAGCGGAACUAGCGGAAGUUCAAGCGGGCUUGGCAGUCCGAUUAGCUCCGGGUCCGGAAUCAGCAGCAGCGGCAGCAGUCACAGCUACCGGCAGACGCAGCGGAAGAGUCCGUUCAGCAGUGGUGCCAUCGGGACCAGUUUGACUGACUCUGAUGCGUUGCAGCGUCCCGAAACGGGUGGCCGCGACCGGGACCGUCAACUCUCGUACAUCUCAAACCGAGCGCGUCCCUUCGGCAACGACGACUCCUCGUCGAGCUCAAGCUCGGCGCCAGCCGGUGCCAACUCGCCCUCGCGGGGCUUCCCCGGCUCAACGUCAUCUUCUUCAUCGUCGGCGGCAUCACAUCAAAGGCAAUCCGGCGUGUCCGCGCGAUUGCCACCGUCGACCGCCCGGAACAACGGCUUCCGAUCCAAGUCGGAGGAUCUUGGAGGGAGCAGCGGCAGCAGUGGUCAUCACCAGCAAAACGAAACGAAUAACGGGAGCAGCAGCAGUGGCAGUGGCAGCAGUAGCCGAUUCACCAAGCCAACUCCGCGGGCCAAUCGAUACCGAUCUACGACCACGGCCGAGCCGGUCACCGCCAAAAGUACCACGGUUGAGAGCGUCGUGCUGAGGAAUCGCUUCGCCGGACGCACCCCAUCCCCGAACCCCUUCCGCCCGGCGUUCGAAGCCAAGAAGGUCGCACCGGUCAGCAGCAACGCCGCUGCCCCGGCUCCAUCUUCUUCUUCCGCUUCCCGCGGAACGUUCGUCAACAAGUCCAAGAAGGCGACCACCACCUCAACCUCAACGACCACGGCCAAGGCACCGCCGGCGUCGCUGUCCCGCUUCAUCAUCCCGGCCCGGCCCAUCAUCCCGUCGAUCAACAUCACCCACAACGGGUCGGCCAAGUCGGCGGAGGUGAUUUACGACUACGACGACUACGUCGAGGACCCGAAGGACCCGGCGAACAACGAGUUUGUGGACGAACCACAGGAGAUUAAGGAUUUCCAGCAGCCGCAGCAGACGACCUCGCAGAAGACCAACUCGAUCAAGAGUGGCGGCUCGAGCGAGAAGGAGGAGAAGCCACUGGUCGUGAGUACGACCAGCAGUGCUCCCACAAGCACCACCGCGAAGGAGUACGAGAACGAGGAACGGGGAGGCAGUUUGAACAACAUCAACGAGAACGAGUACUACGAUGUGGUGAAGGAGAGUGAUGGGCAGCAGCAGGAGCAGCAGCAGCAGCAGGUGGGAGAGACCAUCGAGGAUCACACGGUGAUCUUGACGGACAACUUUUAUUUGCCGAACUCGGGUUCGGAAGAAGUGCUGGACGAUGAGAUUGAGGAAGGAGAGGAGGAAGAUUACACGGAAGAGCCGAAGAAGGAGGUUCCGUCGUCGGUUGCACCGGCGCAGGAGGAUUUGAAGGAACAGCUGAGUGAUUCGGCUUACGACGAUGAGUACAUCUACGACGAGGAUGAACCAGCGGUUAGUACUACGGUGAGGCCGGAAGUCAAGCCCGCGGUAGCACCGGCUGUUGAAGAUCCCAAAGAAGACAUCGACACGUUGAUCUACUCGGAGGAGGAGGAAGAGAAACCGGUGGAAGAUGCUAAGGUGGACGAAGAAGCAGCUCCAGCCCCUUCGGAAGAAGUGAUCGCGGAAACUACGCGAGCUGCUCCGAUUGAAACGACCUCGAGCUCGACUCCGACAACGACCACGACGGAGGCAGCUCCUACGCAGGAGACGAGCACGACAACGGAGCGCACGCUGAACAGCUCGGUAGAUGCGGAACCAACCUCGAAUGCUACGACCGAAAGCUGGGUUGUGGUGGCGUCAGUGCAGACCAGUAGGAGCGUGUCCGGGGCUAGAUUCUUGCCGUUCCCACAGGUCGAACAGGACGAGAAGAAGCAGAGCUUGUCGGAGCUGGACUCGAAGGGCAGUAACGAGAACGACGAGGUUGACAUCACAACGGUAAGUAGCCACGACAUUGAGAAGACUACGAUUGCUCCGCAGGAGCCGGUGAUCUCCGUUACGGAUGAUUCGGAGACGCCGACGACGGAGAAGUCGGUGAUUGCGCUUUCGCAAUCUACCGAAAGUAUCAUCGAUAAGCUUGAUCGAGUACAGUCGGAGCUGUCGAGUGGAAUCUUUAAAGAUCUCCCCGUCCUGAAGGAGAUGAUCGCGGAUGACAAGAUUCCAACGUCUUCCUCGCUGCCUCCGGUAGUGAUCCGCAAGUUCCAACCUAAUGGUCGUGCCACGACCACCAAGAAGCCUCGCGUGUUCCCAACGACCGCCAAACCUACUGCGGCACCCGCUGCUGAUCUUACCAAGAAGAUCGUCUUUGACGAAGUGAUCAGCGACGAGAUCGCGUCACUGCUUCCACCGGACUUUAAGCAAAAGAACGCUUACAAGAUCAAGAAGUUUGGCGUGAGCAGCACAACUCACGUCCCAAUUGCUUCCGAUCGUGACGUCCUGAAUGAGGAACCGCUGCGACCGGAUCUUGGAAACCGGUUCCGCCCGGCGAACAACAGUCGAUCGUACAAGAGCAGCGUUCCAAUUCAGGAGUUGAGCUCGCAGCUGCCGAAGGAUCGCAACCGAACGGAGGAGGAGGUCAAGACGACGAACAAUCUGAAGGAACUGAUCAGCAAGAUCAAGGGUAACGAGAAGCCUAAUGGAACGCUGGAUGUACUGAAGAAGGUCCCCAAGGUGGACAUUAGUUCGUUUUUGCCUCCAGGUUACAAACCCGCGGCUGAAGUGACGACAAAGGCUCCCGCGUCCAAGUUCAUCGAGGACGACAUUAGCAAACUGUUGCCACCUGGCUAUCGAGGUGCAUUCAAGCCGUCUUUGAAGAAAACCACGACAACCACGGCUGCACCAUCCGAGGAUGAAGAUCUGGUGAGCAAACUGCUACCACCCGGCUACAAACCACCCAAGAACGAACCUAAGGUUGUGUUCAGCGACGAUAUCAGCAAGUUCCUCCCACCGGGCUACAAACCACCAAAGGAAGAAGCCUCCACCAAAGCUCCAGUGGUGUUCAGCGAAGACAUCAGCAAGUUCCUACCGCCGGGCUACAAACCCCCAGCUGAGGAAGCGAAACCCGAGCCGGUAGUGAUCGACCCGACCAGCUUGCUGAGCAAGAUCAAGUUCAAGGAGGUCGCCGUACCGCUGCCACCCGGCUUCAACGAGUCCAAACCAGAGUCUAAACCGGAAAGUGCCGGCACCGUGGGCAACGCCGGCUUCAAGGUGGUCUUCCCCAGCCGACCCGGCGUGAAGAAACCAGGCCAGGGUCGCGUCACUACGGCGAAACCACUGCACGCCGAAGGCCCAGCCCAGCCGGAGAUUACCAUCCGUCGGGGACCGCCAACGCGGGCCACCACCGAGUUCACCGGCUGGCCAACGCCCUCGACGACGCCGCUUUCAAUCGAGAAGCUCCUGGAGCAGCAGAAGCAGCAGGAGCUGCUGGAGAAGCUGCUCGCUUCGUCGUCGACUUCGACGACUACGACGACGACGACCACCACGUCAACGACCACUCCAAGACCAACCGAGCCCGGCCUGUGCCACUCGGAGUGCGACCUGGCCGGCACGAUCCGCAUCGUGGACGGCGUCAACUGGGUGCCGGAACUGCUGGACCACAACACGGCCGAGUGGAAGCAGCUCGCGAAGGAUGUCGAAGCGCAGCUGAACGAGGUGUACAGCAAGGCGCAGAACCUGAGCAAAUGGUACAAGAAGGUGCGCAUCGACAGCUUCAGCAAGGGUAGCGUACUGGUGGAUUACUUUGUCGAGUUGACUGAUUUGACGCGGGACGUUAACACGCUGGAGAUCAAGAAGCUGUUCCACGAGGCGUUGACACCGGCGCCAGUGCCGACCACGACUACGCCGGAGCCGAGCACGGACUUGGACGAAGACAGCGAAGAUGGGGAGGAUCGGCAGAGCAAGCAGGUGAAAGAGAACUUGCAGACGGCGGUGCCACGCGUGAAGGAAGUAUUCCUGCUGGGCAAGUUCAAGGUCGAUCCGGUGUCGACCGAUUUCACCGUCAUCCCGAAACAGAUUCUUCCAACGGUGACCGCUGAGGAAGAAGAUCUAUUCUUGCCACAGUGGGCCAUUGCCGUGAUCGUGAUCGGGUUGGCGUCGCUCCUGUUUGUGAUCCUGUUUGGCGUUACAGUGCUCAUCAACCGUCAAAAGGCGGCCAAGAAGAAGGCCCCGACUCCGCUGACGGCUGACAUGCUGAACGAGCUGAACAAGAACCACAUGGGAGGCAUCGACAACUUUGGCGCGGAAGAUCUGUACAAUCUGGACGACGCGUGGGACGACCACGGGCACGAUGUGAAACCAAAGCAGCGCUUCUCCAACUCCAUGCACGGCAGCAGUGCGUCGAACAUCUACGACAGCUGGCGCUCGCAGCGUCACCCGAACGAGGGCAACUACUACUACGACGACUACGGCGGCCUCAAGGGCUCGCACUAUCCGCCGUCCGGCCACGGCGGCCACAGCGCGCACCAGCAUCCGGUGGCGUCGGCGCACCGGUUACACGACGCGGCCUUCAUGAUGCACGAGCCGCCGCUGCCGGUGAUGGGCAUGUACCCGCCGUACCACCACGCACCACCGCCGCCCAGCAGUCACUACAACACCAACUCGCGGCGAUACUACCGAGAUUACGACCCGAACUUCUAAGCGGGCACUUUUCCCUAUACCCUCCCAAAACUCGAAAAUCCUUGUCGAACCCAUCACACCGAUCAUCCUAAUCCCAGUCAUCGUUGUAGUUUUGUUGUUUCCCCGCACUCGUCACCGUCUAUCAGUUCGGAACCAGUCCGGUUCCGAGAGUAAGCCUCUCCCGAAGAGGCCAUCCGGUAUUGCUCAGUGAGUUGUCAUCGUCGUAAUCAUCCCCCCCACCCACUAGUGCUGUAACUGCAUCCUCAAUACUACUCCCUCUUCCUCUCAGUUUGUAGCGUGUAAGGACUUAUCGUAUAGUAGGAUACUUCUAAUGUAAAUAAAUUAUUUAUUUUGUAAAAAACAGACAAAAUUACGAAUGAGAGAAAAAAAAAA